AUGGCUCCUCCCGUUUCUGCUGACCAGUGGCUCGCUGCCGCCAAGUACCGCCGCACCGUUUACGGCCUCAAGAGCACCUCUGCCGUCUCCGACAAGCGUGUUGAGCAGAUCCUCGGCGAAGUCCUCUCGUUUGCUCCCUCUUCCUACAACACUCAGCCUGUCCGAAUCACCCUCGUCACUGGUGAAAAGCACAAGGGACUGUGGGAUGCCAUCAUCAAAGAGGCCGAGCCCAUCCUGAAGGGUGCCGGUGAGGAGGUCUGGAAGGCGAUGAGCGGGAUCUUUGCUGCCCACAAGGGAGCUUAUGGCUCGGUCGUCUUCUGGGAGAGCGGCAGCAGCAUCAAGGAGGCUGGCGAGAAGCACGCCUCGGGUGCCCACAUGUUCCCUCAGUUCGGUGACCACACCACCGGCAUGGCUCAGAUCCUCGUCUGGACCGCUCUCGAGCUGGAGGGUCUCGGUGCCAACCUGCAGCACUUGCAGGCCAUCCCUCCUGUCGAGGCUGUCAUCAAGAAGUAUCUCGAUGUGCCCAACGACUACUCGCUGAAGGCCCACCUGAACUAUGGUGAUGAGGCUCAGCCCCAUCCCGAGACGGUCCCUGAGAAACUGCCUCUCAGCGAGACUCUGAAGGUUGUCAGCUGA